AUGUCAAAUAGGGGUAUUGAGACUGAUAGAGCCAAGAUUGAUGUAAUUGUUUCUUUACCUUACCCUACUUCUAUGAAAGAAGUGCGCUCUUUUCUUGGCCAUGCAAGUUUUUAUAGGCGCUUCAUCAAGGAUUUCAGUAGAAUUGCAUCCCCAUUAUCUACCCUUUUGCAGAAAGAUGUUGAUUUCAUCUUUGAUCAUACCUGCAAGGACGUUUUUGAUGAGCUGAAGAGGAGCCUCACUUCUACUCCAAUCAUUCAACCUCUGAGUUGGGAGAUUCUGUUCGAGCUUAUGUGUGAUGCUUUGAACUUUACAGUUGGUGUUGUCCUUGGUCAAAAAGUGGAGAAGCAACCACAUGUCAUAGUCUAUGCUUCUCGGACAUUGGAUAAAGCACAAAAGUUUGACAUUGAGAUCAAAGAUAGAUGUGAUGCAGAAAACCUAGUGGUAGACCAUUUGAGUAGAAUUCUGCAGCCACUGAAGGAUCUCUCCAUUAGAGAUACCUUUCUAGAUGACCAACUUUAUCACAUUGGAGGGCAUGAUCCUUGGUAUGCAGACUUGGAUGCACACAACUUUUGUAAGACAUGCGGGCGAUGCCAAAGGACUGGAAACAUCUCACGCCAGAAUGAGAUGCUCCAACUACCUCUCCUUUUUUAUAAGUGGGUGGAGGCAAAGGCCACUCGCACUGAUGAUGCUCGUGUUGUUGUCGAUUUUUUUGGGGUUAUGCAUAACAUUUCUACACCAUACCACCCUCAGACUAAUGGACAAGCAGAGAUCUCCAAUCAGGAAAUAAAGCAAAUUCUGGAGAAGACUGUUCAACCCAACAGAAAGGAUUGGAGUCUACGCUUGGAGUAA